AUGGCGGAAUCCACCCUAGAUGCGCUGCAAGUCGGCGAACAAGCGCCUGGCGACCCCGGUGUAGAUGGACAUUCUCUGGGGACGAAAGCCACCGUUGCGGUCGGCAUUGCCUGUCUGAGUGGUUAUAUUGGCUACAGCCUCGUCUACAGCCAGCAGGCGAGCGUGUCGCAAGCGCUGUGGAGCAGAGAGGACGAGAAUGUGGCGUCUGCCUCAUCGACUGUGCGGCCACGUGUGGCGCUGGUGAACAUGACGGACAACUUGCGCUUGUGUGCUGUGGCAGGCCUGCGGGCAUGGCUGGACGUGGCAGAUGAAGUGGAGCCCGAGUUCCCGACUGUGAUGUUUGUGGACGAGGAGGAAGCCGCUACGGUCGCUGGUCUGGCGGCAGAGGUGCGCCGAGCUGCUCUCUUUGCGUGGAUGGAGGUGAAGGAGCGCAACGAGAUGGAGGCGCCUUCCGGCUUGAGGCCGCUGUGCUGUGUCGUUUUUCGUACCCUCACGGAGGUGGAUGGACACGCGCUUGAUGACUGGGAUGUGCAGAAGGUGGGGUUACGUCAAUGGCAUGGGAAGCGCUUUGUAACGCGUCACUGUGUGGGUGUCUCAGUAGAUGGCAAGCACGCAAUGGUCCUCACCCACGACGUCGAGGGCGUUAUCGAUGUGGAGCCGGCGUCGGCUCUCAGUGGUGGUCAGGCCAGUGAUUGCGGCACUCUUGUGCGUCAGUAUGGCGCUCCUAGCGCAGCUAGUUUCCAUCAAUGGAGGUUGAGCACUGAAAUGCAGUCAUCCUUUGCCACAGACCAGCCGCUCGCCAAGUCGCUACUGGGGCAGGGAGUACGCCUACGAGACGGUUCACGUUGCCAACUGUGGCAAAGUCCGUUGCACAUAUUUGCAGCUCUUGGUGCAGUACUGCGCUACAACCGCACUGAUGCGCCUGUCUAUCCUGACUACGUUGCCAUACCCGUGCCUGUGUCGCAGAGCACUGGUGCCGUGGAUACCUCGUUGUGGUGCCGCAUGAUGGAGUUGGCGCAUAGAUGCCCUUGGCCAUUGGUGCGUCGGUACGCGGCACGGCAGCACGACCGUAUGGAGCGAAAGCGACAGCUCUCUUCAACUUUUGUUGUUGUCGUAAGCCUCGCAGAGGAAAACGCUUCCGUGACACCAGACGUGCUACGUAUCGGCGAGGAGCACGUGGCCGAGUGGAUACGCAGCAUGAGCAGCACUCUGUCGACGAAGAAGCCGUCGCCGACCGCGAAUCGAGUCUGCGUGCGAGACGCAGCGGCAGGAGCGAACCAUCUGAAGGUGGUGCCGACGAUACAGGUUGACUUAACCGACAUAAUCUGCAGUGUCAUUGCGGCGGAGUGGCUCUUGAUCCGAGUCGUUAGCCUUUUCGCCGCUGUGGGGCUUACGCCUGCACUCGCCCAACUUGUAGCGGUUCCACGGCCACAGGCAAGAGCCUCACUUCUGUACCCGACACCGAACAGCCCACACAAGCACCACCUGUGGCUCUCGCGAUUAACACCGGCCUCUCUGUGGGGCAGCACUGAGAGAGGGACCACGCCGCCUUGCGUAGCGUCGACAGCGCGCACCACGCAAGUAGGUCACUACGUGGGGUGCGCUGCGGCUCUGCCACUCGUGGGUGGAUUUGUGGUGAGCGAGCACGACUUCUCCACCUUCUAG